UUUAUAGAUUUUUCUCAAAAUAUGCGUAGAAAUAUUGUUUUUACGUUCGCAAUAAUAGGCUGCGAGAUACUGCGUUGCUCGCGCUUGGGAAAAGCCGGCAAUAGAUUUUCGCACAACAUCGAUGUACAAAAUUUUGAGAUCGGCGUGACUUUGUUUACGAUCCGGGGCUAGUCGGCGGCGGCGCGCCGGGGCUAGUCGACGGCGGCGCGCCGGCGUGGCGCGGACCUCUACUUACAAUACUUUAAAAUACAUUUAUUUCUAUAAACAAAAUCUUGCAGUUGUGAUUAUAACCUCAAAGUGAACUGACAUUUUUUCACAAAUAUGAAAAGAUAUAUUUCAAUUUUGUUGUUUUGUUCAAUUUUAAAAGUGAACAGUCACGGCAUGAAUGUGGUGUUCUCGUGGAAGCAAAUUAGUUAUAAUUUUGAUGGAGUUCUGUACACAAAGAACUCUGACUACGACCGCACCGUCGACGACAACGUCCACUUUGCCGACGAGCUACUAGAAGCAGAGAAGUUCUUCAUCCAGUACAACAAUGUGCCAAUCGGGUUUGAAGUUUACAGAGAUACUGUCUUCGUCACUAUACCGAGGAGACGACAUGGUAUUCCCUCAACCUUAAACUAUAUAAAGCUGUCAGACCCAAGCCCAGUACUGCGUCCAUACCCUAACGUAGCCAGCAGGAAUCUCGUUUCUGUAUAUCGGCCUAGGGUCGACGAGUGUGGGCGGCUUUGGAUGGUGGACACCGGUUUACUAGAGGUUCCUGGAGAGAGGAAGCAGAUUCAGCCUCCCGCAAUAGUUCUCUAUGACCUCAACAGUAAAAGCCAAAUCUUGAGAUACCAGCUCAAACCCACGGAUCUGGUCGACGAGAGGACGCCAGGAGGCCUAACCUCGAUAACGGUGGACGUCGGGGCCUCCUGUUCAGACACAUACGCCUACAUCACGGACCUGGCCACCAACGGUCUCAUCGUUUUCUCACUCAAAGAAAGAGACAGCUGGAGGAUCCAGGACGACAGUUUAAGGCUGGAUGAGGGGGCCAUGAACUUUACUGUUGCUGGACACGUGAUCAACUGGCGAGAUGGAUUAUUCAGCAUUACCCUAUCUAACCGGGAUGCCACCAACAGAACAGCUUUCUUUCACCCGCUGGUGUCCACCCAGGAGUUCUCCAUCGACACGUCUAUGCUGAAGUCUUCGAAACAAGGAAACGUUAAUGGUCAAGUGAGGCUCCUAGGCACAAGAGGUCCCCUAACCCAAAGCGGCAGCCACGACUACCACGACGGCGUGCUGUUCUUCGCCAACGUAGCCCAAGAUGGUAUCCUUUGCUGGAACACCAGGAAACCACUGACGCCAGAAAAUGUGGUACUAGUAGCACAGGACCAUGAGAAACUUGUUUAUAUCUCAGAUUUAAAGGUGAAAGCUGACGAGGUGUGGGUCCUAGUGAAUCAGAUCCCCCGCUUUGUUUACGGCACCCUAGACCCCACGAAAAAUAAUUUCUACAUUCUGAAAGGGAGAGUGCAAGAUCUGAUCAAGAAUACGAAAUGCGCGUAAUUUAAAAAAACCACCAUAUCAAAAUGUUUACACUAUCAAAAUGUCAACAUCUUCAAAAAAAAUAUUGAUAUGACUAGAUUAUUGAAAUGACUAGAUUGUUGUCCAAAUCCUUUUU